AUGGUGGGCGCGGAUCGCGCAAAGCUGGGAGAGGACGAGGAGGCGGCGCUGUGGCGCGCGGCGGAGGCGGGCGACGAGGCGCACCUGGCGUCGCUGUCCGCCGCGCAGCUCGUCGCCGCGAGAGCGCUCCGCAACGACGACGGGCGCUCCGCCAUCCACGUCGCGGCGGCUGCCGGGCACGCCGGGGCCGUGCGCGCGCUGCUGCGCGGAUUGGAUGGCGCGGGGGAGAGCGCGGAGCACGUGAACGGGGGCGAUGAGGAGGGGUGGACGCCGCUCAUGUCAGCGAGCAGCAGUGGGCGAGCGGCCGUGGUGGAGGUGCUGCUGAAGGCGGGUGCGGAUGCAACGGCAGCCAACACGGGGGGCAGGGCCGCGCUGCACUAUGCUGCCAGCAAGGGACACGUGGCGAUCGUCCAUUCGCUGCUGAGAUCGCCCGCCGUGCAGAAAAAAGGGAUCAAUCAGCGGGACAAGCUGGGGUGCACGCCGCUGCACAGGGCGGCGGGGGCGGAUCAGAGUGCGGUGUGCGAGGUGCUGGUGGAGGAGGGCGCUGCCAUUGAUGCCGCUGACAAUGCUGGCCGCACGCCUGCCAUGACCGCUGCUGAGUGCGCUCAUGACCAGGUGGUGCUACUCCUGGUGCGGCACGGUGCCAGCCUUGACGUGAGGGACAAGGAAGGCCUCUCCCUACUAGACCACUGCUCCUCCGCGCAGCUGCGCAAGGCAGUGCAGCACACCGCUCACACGGCCGAGCAUGGUGCAGGGGACACGGCAGGCGGCAGCAGUGGAGGCAUGGACGUUGACGGAUGA